GUUACACACGUAGUGAAAUUACAGUAAAGCUCAGUUUGACUUGAAGAUGAUGAACUCUACAUGCUUCAUGAGUUUUGAUUUAUUUGACUCCAGAAUAAACUAAUGUAUUUGAUGAGCUGCAGUUCAAGGCACAAUUUAAAAUACUCUGAAAUGCGGAUACUGUAGUUUACACGAUAUGUAUGCUAAUUGAAUUUGAUUUGGCUUUUGUUAGGGUAGUUUGUAUGAUCUAGUGGACAAACCAGUCUGGAGGUUUUCAUCUUGGCGCUGAAUCAAAUAUGUGCCGACUGAACAAUAGUUUCCAUCGUUUCAGUAUUUGGCUUGCACAAUCACCAGGGUAUAUAAGGAUGAGGUGCUGCUACGAGCAGGUUAACACCUCGUGGUGAAAUCUCAUCCUUACAAACCCUAAGAAACUUUCCAACUAUCACAGAGCAGUACUGACUAGAAAUGGCAAGACCAGCAACAGAAGUUGAAAUCCCUGCAGCAGCAGAAGGUGAAGUGGUCAGAGACAUGUAUGGAGAAAAUGACCCAAGGACAAAAGCCCACAGAGACAUGCAGCUCAACAACAACCCAAAUGUUCUUUUCAGAAUUUAUCGUGAAGGUUUACUGCAUAUCCUGCUCUUUAGACCCACGGCUAACAUCUUUUGGAGAAGACUACUUCAAGAGGAAUAUCAAGACAUCACCUUCCAACACACUGUUGAAGAGCCCAUUGGGCAUACGAUGAAUCUCUCUGGUAAUAGGGAGGAAUUAGAAAGAUUCUGUGACAACUUUAGGAACAAUCUGCAGCGUGCUAAUAAUGCUGAAAAUGAAAUGGUAGGGAACAAUCUGGAGGAUGCCAAUCUGGAGAAUGCUAAUAAUAAUAACCAUGAUAAUGAAAUUGAAGAACUGCAACAAAGGAUACGGGAACUUGAAUUAGAAAACACACAACUUCGACAACAGAGAGAUGAAAACCUACAAAGACCUCCUGAUGAGUGAUCCAUCCUAGUGAUUCUGUGAAACUGUGGGGAAUUAUACUGCAUUAAGUUUAAUCAUCAGUCCUCUUAUUGUUGAGAAUUAAUAAAGAACAGUUAACUAAACAGCCAUGAAUGUACAAAAUCAAGCUGAUUCAUUGAAUGUUAACAUUAUAAUAUAACAUCUCUCACACUCACUCUCUCUCUCUCUCUCUCUCUCUCUCUCUCUCUCUCUCUCUCUCUCUCUCUCUCAGUUUGGGAACUUUAAUUUGUGGUUUUUUGUCAGUGAUUAAACUUUCUUUUGGGUUAAGCAAAAAAUCAAUAAGCAAUUUGUGACACUAGAAAAGUACCAGUUGAUUUUUAUGUGUAACAUUUGAUUGUAUAAUAUUUUUAAAAAUUGUAUUAAAGCCUUGUUGGAAAUUCAA